AUGUUUGAGAACAAUGAAUCUCCCUCUCAAGGAUUAACGCAGCUCUCUCAGACUUCCAAACAUACUGUGGAAGAAGACUUUUUAACUCUUACACCUAGGACGACCAUUCAAGGUCUUAAAGAUUGUAAAGAGGUUGCCACUUACAUAUUGUUUGGAACCAUUAACCAUAUCUUGGAUGAGGAUGACUGGUGGUAUACGGCUUGUGUUUGCAACAAAGCUGUUUAUCCAGAUUCAAAGAUGUUCUUUUGUGAGAAGUGUAACAAGCAUGUUAUAAAAGUCUUUCCAAGAUAUAGGAUUAAGCUUCGAGUUAUUGACUCAUCCGGUUCCACCACAUUUGUUCUGUUUGAUAGGGAUGCAACCACCCUUUUCAAAAAAACUUGUGCUGAUAUGUUAGAGACUCAUGAUAAGAUGAAUGGUUCUGGAAAUUUUCCUAAGGAGUUUGAUGAGUUAGUUGAUAAAAGUCUGCUGUUUAAAGUUGAAAGUAGGAACGAUCAAACUUUCAAACUUGAACAGUCUUUCACAGUGAAGAAAGUAUGUCUUGAUGAUGAUAUAAUUCAGAAGUUCAAUGAUUCUUCGAUGAAAUCUGUGGAUGUUUAUGCUGGCAAUGGUGAGUUUAGUAGGGAAAAACAGCGUGUAGUCAAUGAGUCUACUGUUGAUAUUGCAGAGGAUUUAUUAGUCAGAUUUACCAAAGAAACAAUUGAGUGUGCAUCCCAAUCUUCUGACUUAAUCAAAGAUAUUGCUACGAAUGAGGAUGGUAAUAGUUCACUUAAGAGAGAAUCUGCAAAGAAGACUGCAUCACUUGAAUCUAUCGAAGAAGACACUGAUUUGCCAGCUGAUUUUGGCAAUUAUCUUCGUCAAGAAAGAUUUAAAAACAUUCUUCUUCAUGGACUGCGCAAAAUAGUGAAGUGCAAACUACUCUUGAGAAAUCAUCCAAAGAAGUCUAACAAAAUAGGAAGUGGGUGGAAGGAAUUUUGUACUGCUCAUGGAUUUGAUCAAUCUAUUGACCUGGUGUUUGAAGUUGAUCAGAUGAAAAACAAUCAGAAUGUCAAAGUGCUUACAUAUUGUAAUCUUUAA